CGCGCGUCAUUCCUACAUACUGAGGUAAAAGUGUGGAGGAAAGCAGAAGGAGCGCGUUUGUGUGUGUGAAAAAGCUUCUGAGCGCCGAGGAAGUCCAAAUAUUAUUAGCUCUUGAUUAAACCGACACAACACGCUCUCAUUUGGUCCUUAAACUGAGACUUUUAUUUUUCUCUUAUUUGAGGCUUAUGUGAGAAACUUAACGGCGAAACUGGGAGGAAAAAGUUUCCCCCUUUUCCUUCGUACGGAAACGAAAACGCAGAAAGAGCGAAUGAUCGAUCCUGGAGGUAAAUCCUAGCACACUGAUCACCUAGAUCACUGAAAAGGGAAGGAGGAUUCCUCUUCUUCUGAAAGCAUCUGUCACACUCAAACCUCAACCAACAUGUCUCUAGCCUCCUUCCACUUAAUGCAGGCCCUGAAGGACUCACCUGCUGCCCUGCGCAGACACUUUAAAAGGGACCGCAUAGAAAGCCUUUCCCAUGGGGACCCCAUAUUCAAAGUGCACUAUCUAGGUACCAAGAAGAUCUUUUCUCUAGACCUGGAGCAGGCUGAGGAAGCCAUCAACCGACUCCUGGAUGGUGCUCCUGGAAAGUUAUCCAAAGACCAUGCUCUUGUGGUGCGGCCACGUUAUGUGGAAGUGAAAGAGCUGAGCACAGGGAGGCAGCUCACCAAGACCUACCUGCACGACAUUGCGUACUGUGCAUCACACACUGCCCACCGCAACGUGUUCCUCUAUAUCUGCAGACAGCCUGGGCAGCAGCUGCAAUGUAGGGUAUUCUGGUGUAGUCGUGUGGAAAGGGCAAAGGAUAUGACAGCUUGUCUCGCAAACUCAUUUCAGAGGGCACUAAACGACUGGCAAGAUGGCUGUGCAACACUGCCAAAAGCAGAGGGUAUUUCUAAGGAGGAUGAGGCUGACAUCACCCCUGCUGCUGCCAAAGGAUUGACUCUGCCGGCUAGUUUUGGGAAAGUGCGCUGGAAGAAGAAGGGCUCAAUUUCCCGCAGUCCUAUGAGAGCCAUCACCAGACGUGGCUCAGCCAGUGAAAACUGGCAGUGAGAUUCCAGCUACUGGACCUUUUGACCCCUAUGGGAUCCUACCAACAAGAAGGCACUUUCUCUCCAUUCCCACCUUCCCAACAAAGUGACAGAUGACAACGGCUGGACCUGUCAUAGCUUGACUACAUAAAGCGUGUGAACUGUUGCCAAAGUUGCUAUUCUUGCACCCUUUAGCACAGAGACACUGAUGACUGACAAGGUGGGGUGAGCCAAUAGUUUAUAGAUUAUAUGCUGGUCAUUAUUAUUUCAUGUAUUUCUUAUCUAAUUGAUAGAAGUAUAGUUUGUAUCUUCAUCUCAAGACUUAGGGUUUAUAUAGAUGUAAAUGCAAGUUAUUGAAGAUAAAUAUAUACAGUACCCAAGUUAAUUAAAACUGACCUAAGUAGUGGCUGAAAGUAAAGAAAUUCAUUUUGAUUAAGAUUAAUAAUAAUUUAUUUCCCUCUAAAUAUAAUAUGCUUGAACGGUGGGAAGAAACACCGAAACCAGGAAUUGGUUCCUGUAUUAGGCAUGUUGCAUCAGGGAUUUGUGUAAUAACAGGGAGGAUGCAGGAAGCACAGUUUUGCAAUGGAAGUUCUAUCCAUAAUACCACCCAAACCCAUAGCUGCAAACCGCUACAAUUACAAGUUACACACAAUUUCACAUAUACAUUUGGUGCAGUUUCAAACAAGCGGAAAGGCACUUUAACAUGGCUUUUGCUGAGUUUAAAAGGAUUGUGAUUAUGCUUUAGAACAUCCAUGUUGAGAUUAGAUUUGAUCUACAAGAGUUUUUCAAUCAUUUUGUUUGCCUCUAAGCAUAAAUAAGGGGUAAUAAGCCCAGGACCUUAGAGAAAAUUCCCAAGAGAAAAUAAGUAGCACAGUGUGUGUUUGUGUGUGCAGUGAGAGAGAGAACACAAUGUGCUCUGAGCAGUCUUUGUGUAGGAUUCAUGCCAUGCACCUGCAUUCCAAUAGGGCCAUAUUCUGAGCUUCUUUAUGUUCCUUCCCAUCUUCAAUCUACAUCCUGCCUUCAGGACCUCAGGUUUUGAACAUCAAAUUUGACCUUUUUUCAAUUGGCAUGUUCAUGUUAAGCUAGUGACAUCAAGAUGCUAAUUAUUUUGUGAACAUUUUAGCAUUAAGUCCACUGUACAUUUGGCAUAGUAGCAUAAACCAAGUACAUUGAACAGGAUUAAAUGCUACAGAUUUCCCUGCUGUUCAUGACCUUGCUAAUUCAUAAGUUGCUAUAAUUUACAGCCAAUGUUGUUAAUGGAUAUUGUAAUUGGAAGUAUGUGAAUGUUUAAUGUUGACAUACAGAGCCUUACUUUCAUUACACCCAGGCAUUUGGCGGGGGGGGGGGGAUUUUUUAAUAGUCAUUGGUUUUAAUCUAAUUUAUAUUAAAGUGUAACCCACAAUACAAGGACAGGAUCUGCAUGUCUGCUCAAGGAUUUUUUAUGUAAAGUGAAUGUGCAUGUAUUUGUUUUACAUUUUUUGUGUACAUAUUUAUAUGUAUUUUCAAAAAUUAAACUUUUAUACAGUAACA